AUUUUUGAAUCGCUCAUUUAUUCAAGAUUGUAUUUUAAGUGUGAUAAGUGAUUCCUGCCUGAACAUACUCAUUUUUAUAAUAAAAUCAUGUCAAAAAGUUCAGAAAUUGUCAAAAUUUCAAACUAUGCUCGACUAAGUAUAAACCCAUUGAGGAAAUUGAAAUUCGAACAAAACAUCAGAUUGAACCCAGAGAAGCAGGUAAUUACGCUUCAACUUGGAGAUCCAUCGAUUUUCGGUAAUUUUCCACCGGCUCGAGAAAUGAUUGAAGCGCUAAAAAAGUCGGUGGAAUUGGACAAAUAUCCGUAUAAUCCUUCUGAAGGGAGACCUGACGCUUGUGCAGCCGUCGCCGAUUACUCAAAGCAUCAUGGCAAUAUAUCGGCUAAUGAUGUUAUAUUAACAAGUGGUUGUGGACAUGCGGUGGAGAUGUGUAUUCUAACUGUAGUAUCAGCCGGAGAGAACAUCUUGAUUCCUCGACCGUGCUAUAACUAUAAAACUUGGUCGGAUGGAAUGAAUAUAGAGUCAAGGCAUUACAAUCUCGAUCCGAAUAACAACUGGAACGUUGAUUUGCAGCACAUGGAAAGUUUAAUCGAUGACAAGACAAAAGCUAUUCUCGUCAACAAUCCAGGAAAUCCAUGUGGAAAUGUGUUUAGUCGCGAACAUUUGUUGGAAAUCAUAAGUGUAGCUGACACACAUAAUUUACCAAUCAUAUCCGAUGAGAUCUAUGAAUUUUUCGCUUUUCCGGACGUUCAAUACUGCUCAAUAAGUUCACUGUCAAUAAAUGUUCCAGUUUUGACUUGCAGUGGGCUUUCGAAACGAUUCAUGACACCUGGAAUGAGAUUAGGUUGGAUCUUAAUUAGUGAUCGGAACAACCGGCUAGCUGAAGUUCGUGAAGGAUUAUUGAAUGUUACUGGAAGAAUACUGGGACCCAAUUCUGCAGUUCAGCGUGCAUUGCCUGAGAUAUUGAGAAAAACGCCAGACAGUUUCUUCGCUGACAAUAUCUCAAGAAUUAGUGUAAGUUGUAGUUAAGGGGUCGUUCAUAAAUUACGUGACGCAAGAAAUAACAGGGCUUGUGUGACGAUACACACAUUUUUUGGAAACUCUUAUACAUUUUGCUUGACAGCGGGAGAGGGCUCUGGAAAAUCCUGAUGUGCGUUCCGUAAUUUACGAAAGGCCCCUAACAUCCCCCAUU